AUGGACUCUGCGAGUCGCGAUAGGAUUACCUCCAAGGUCCUCAAAGACCUGGAAGACACUCGUUUCGCGGCAUCGGCUCUGAAGGCGUUGUCGGGCGGUUCCGCCAACUUCAUCUACCGCGCAGAUCUUAGGACAGCUCUGGAUGACGGCACGAGAGAGGUGCUCAUAAAGCAUAGCGAAGGCUACGUUGCCAACCACCCAGACUUCAAGCUCACCGUAGCUCGCUGUCGUAUUGAGGAAGAGUGUCUGAAAGCACUAUCAAAGUUGCCAAUAGUAGGCCGCGAAAGCUCAGGCGGCUUCAAUUUCAUCGCACGGACGCCCAGGUUCUACCACUUCGACGAGCAGAACAACACACAAGUCCAGGAGUACUUGCCAAACAGCAAAGAUCUGAAGACAUACGCUUUGAAGGCAUACUCAGACACCACUCCAGAGACAGAAAAGACGCAAUGCGUCCAACUCGGCAGAGCCCUGGGCAAGUGGCUGAGGAACUUCCACACUUGGGCAGCGUCACAGCCCGAGUUGCGAAAGACAGUCGCUGUAAAUAGGGAGAUGCAGCAGCUGAAGAACAGGAUCAACUUUUCGUGGCUGCUAGACCGAGUCACACAGUUCCCAUCCGUUCUGAGCGAUGCGCAGGAGAUCUUCGAGGAGGUCAAGAAGAUGGCUGCUGCGGAAUUGGAGGAUGAGAGCAGACUGCAAGUCAUCCACGGAGAUUUCUGGACUGGGAAUAUCCUGCUACCGGACUCCCCGAUAAAAGAGGGUGUCGACAUCCCCAUGUUCGUCAUCGACUGGGAGAUGUCGCAGAUAGGAGUGCCGGGCCUGGACGUCGGACAGAUGAUCGCCGAGCUGUACGAGUUGAAGCUCUACAGGAGUAUCGAAGCUGGUCUCUGGAUGGUCCAAGGAUUCGUGGAAGGGUACGGGAUUGUGAGCGAAGACUUCGCGUUCCGCACGGCAAUACAGGUUGGAGCGCACCUGGUGUGCUUUGGGACGUCUGUUCAGGGCUGGGGUCCGCCUGUACAGGUCGAGGUUGUUGCUCGCACUGGAAAGGAAAUCAUUGUACAUGCCUGGAGGAAAGAUCGCAAGUGGUUCGAAGGUGGUGAUCUUGCGUGCCUGUUCAGUAAGACUGAGUAG